GCUGGCGAGGGAGGGGAAGGAAGAUACUGUUGUGGAGGUUAUGACGAACUGCCAGUGAUGUUUUGAAGAGAUGUGUUGUUUGUGACAGCCCUUCAUUAUGCCGAAGAAGGAGGAAAUGAAGGGGAUCCUUGCUGAUCUCGGGAGAGCCACUCUGCGAGGCGUGCGCAAGUGCCCCAAAUGUGGCACGUACAAUGGGACAAGGGGUCUUAGCUGUAAAAACAAAGCUUGUGAUGUUGUGUUCAAAGAAGCUGGCGAAAAACGGAAAUUCUCCACAGAUGCCUGUCGUUUGCACACGGGUUCUAAUACGCAGGUAUUUUCUGUCAGAGUCCGAGACAAGGGGCCUGACUAUCGAGGCUUCGUACAGCUGCUCACAGAAGUGGACCUUUUGUCAGGGGGAGGACUAGAAGCAGAAGACGGAGCGUUAAUGAGUCCGAAUGCUGCCCUCUGCUUUGUUGACACAUGCCAGCGCUCUUUUGACGCCAGUGUAUUGAAGUGCCAUGAGAAGAACACAGUUGUGUCCCCUGUCCAGCCAAUUUCUUGCCAACAUAUUGCUGCUGCCUUAAGGUGCUUUGCAGAGGCUCAGCCUCUUACUUUAAAAGCAUCUGUUAUCAACCAGUUAAAUUGUGAUGGUGUCGCUAAGCAGUCUCUCUGGAAUUUGGUUGCUGAAACAUCAGGACCCUUAGUACAGCGAGUGUCUAAAACAAUAAUGGCUGUCAAAUGCAAACCAUCUCCAAAACACCCACUAGGUUAUCUCCACUUCGCUUUCUUGACCUCUCGAGUGAAAGACCGCAUUGAGCAUAGACAUUUCUGCAGUUGUCCUGAAUUUAAGGCACAUGGGAAGGAUGAUGUAAACGUACUGAAAAGAUGUGUUCAUUUUUAUGCCUCUGUUUGUGCAUUUAUUAGUGAUGAAAAGCUCUCAGAAGAGUUUUCUUACUAUGUUGAAAUGUGUUAUCCACCAUCAACACAAAGCAGAGAAGAGCACCAGUUAUUUUCCAUUCUCCAUGAUGCUUUUGAGGGUGGAGCAGAUCCUUGUGAAGUGGAAGUUGUGCUUCAGGAUGAACCCCUCUUACAGUCAGCAAGCAUCAGUGUUGCGGAGGAUGGCACUAUAACUCAGGUUCAUGAGCUUGGCGACAUCCAGAUUCACCCAUUGGAUACCGAUGGUAUCACAUACAGUGCAGCUGAAAUAGCAGAUAUGCUACCUAAAAUUGAUAGCACCCUGCCUCAGCUUCAGACCAAAUUGAAGCGCAAAAGAGAGGACUCUGUAAGUCAAACAUUACUAACGUUGCAAAAACCAUCUGAGAGCAACUCCAAAGUUAAGAGCAGCAGUGGAGGAGCCCGUAGCACUGGAAACCAAAGACAGAAUAAUUCUGAUCGCAAACCAGUCACUAGCUCUGCAUUCAAAAAACAGGAUCCUCCCAAUGAGAAUGAUUCCAAUGUAUCCUUCAUUCAGUGGUUAGCAUCAGUUACAGAAAGAAUAAAUCAAACAAUGCAUUUCCAAUUCAGUGGAGAUCCUGAUCCUUUAGUUUUUCAUGUUCCUCAGGUAUUUUUUGACUGCUUGAGGGAGCGUAUGUCUACUCCACUUGGAGGUCACAAGAAAAGACGCCUACCAAACACCACUACAGUAUUUGUAAGAAAGGAUUCGGUCCCACUUGGUUCAUUUACCAAGUAUACAUGGCACAUCACAAGUGUUCUGUUUGUGAAACAUAUUUUUGACACACCUCUGAUGCCGCUGGAUAUAAUUCGAAGUUUUGUUGAGAACCGAGAUGGCACCUAUGACCUCUUUCAGAAUAAUAAAAAAGAAGACAAGAGUAUAAAUUUGCCUAAAACUGACAAACGACCUUUGAAACCUUUGGAAGUCAGAACUUAUCUCAAAGUUGGUAAUACCUCACCAGAUCAAUUAGAACCUACACCUUUCAUUAUUGAAUGGAUACCAGAUGUUCUUCCCCUGAGCAAAGUGGGAGAGCUGCGUCUUCAGUUUAAGUUUGGCCAUCAAAGUUGUGCACCAGAACAAGCCAAGAAUCCAUUCAUCCGACAAUCUCAACGAGCAUCACAAAAAGGCAAAGGGUCCAAAACAAAGAAACGCCAGAAAGAAGCAACAUUUUGUCCACCAGAAGAUGGCAUCUCUGUACUUGUAGAUGCAGAUGAACUCCUUGCAUUAUAACACAAAGAGAUUGUGAUAUGAAUAGCUACAAUGUUAAGGUUCAGGGUGAUGUUAUUGUAUGAGAACAAUAUUUAUUUGCUUUUCUUAUCCAAAGAUUUAAAAAUGUUUUGUUAUCUGGUUCCCUUGUUCUAUAGGAAUCGUUUUUAAUAUUUAUUGUACAUACAUCUUAAUUUAUGAAAUGAAUGUGCACGUUGAAGAAAAGGUUUCAAUCCUCGCAUUUUUGUUUGUUUGUUAGUUUUGAUGUGAUUCAAUGAGACAUCUGCUCUCUUAACAUUUUUUCCUUUUUACCAAGUGUACCGGCAAUAAGUAAGAUUUACAUAUUGUUUUAUUUGGUGAUUGUGUACCACUGCCACAACUGUAUCAUGUAUAACGUUUGAUUUAUACACGCAGCAUCUUUACUUGAUGUAGUAAUAAAGAAGUCUUGCCUUGAA